AUGGUCAGGUGAUUCCACUGGUGGAGUUGUCAGCAAAACAGGUCGCCUUUCACAUCCCAUUUGAAGUGGUAGAGAAGGUCUAUCCUCCUGUCCCAGAACAGCUCCAGCUUCGCAUUGCCUACUGGAGCUUCCCUGAGAAUGAAGAGGACAUCAGAUUAUAUUCCUGCCUUGCUAAUGGGAGUCCAGAUGAAUUCCAGCGUGGAGAACAACUCUAUAGGAUCAGAGCUGUCAAAGACCCUUUGCAAAUUGGCUUUCAUCUCAGUGCUACAGUAGUCUCCACUCAGUCCAGUCAGUCUAAAGGAGCCUACAACGUGGCGGUCAUGUUUGAUCGCUGUCGCAUCACCUCCUGCAGCUGUACCUGUGGUGCAGGAGCCAAGUGGUGUGCCCAUGUGGUGGCACUCUGUCUCUUCAGGAUCCACAAUGCAUCAGCAGUGUGUCUUAGGGCUCCAGUUUCUGAGUCUUUGUCCAGACUGCAGAGAGACCAGCUUCAAAAGUUUGCCCAGUACCUCAUCAGUGAGCUGCCUCAGCAGAUCCUGCCUACAGCCCAGCGACUCCUGGAUGAGUUGCUGUCCUCACAGUCCACUGCCAUCAACACUGUGUGUGGAGCUCCAGAUCCAACAGCAGGCCCUUCAGCAUCGGACCAGAGCACCUGGUAUUUGGAUGAGUCAACCCUCAGUGACAACAUCAAAAAGACUCUACACAAGUUCUGUGGGCCUUCACCUGUUGUUUUCAGUGAUGUGAACUCCAUGUACCUGUCAUCCACCGAGCCACCAGCAGCUGCUGAAUGGGCAUGUCUGUUGCGACCUCUGAGGGGUAGAGAGCCAGAAGGCAUCUGGAACCUUCUGUCCAUUGUCAGGGAGAUGUUUAAGAGGCGAGACAGCAAUGCUGCCCCGCUGCUGGAGAUUCUCACUGAACAGUGCCUCACCUACGAACAGAUCAUUAGCUGGUGGUAUAGCGUUCGCACAUCAGCGUCACACAGCAGUGCUAGUGGUCAUACUGGCCGGAGCAACGGACAGUCAGAAGUAGCCGCUCAUGCCUGUGCAAGCAUGUGUGAUGAGAUGGUGGUUCUUUGGAGGCUGGCAGUGCUCGACCCCACUAUGAGCCCCUGCAGGCGUUUGGAACUGGCCGGUCAGCUGAGGCAGUGGCACCUGAAAGUUAUAGAGAUAGUGAAGCGGGGACAGCAUCGCAAGUCCCUGGAUAAACUGUUUCAAGGCUUUAAACCUGCUGUGGAGUCCUGCUAUUUCAACUGGGAGGUGGCCUACCCAUUGGAUGGCAUUACCUACUGCAGUGCAGAUAAGAAGAGUGCCACGUUCUGCUGGUCCAGGGCAAUGCUGCACCAGAGAGGAAUCAAGUCGCCUGCAGGAGGUGGUGUUGACUCUUCUGAAUCAGGGGCCAGAGCUGAAGGCGGACCGGCAGGAGAGUAUAAAGGCAGGGCAAGUAGUAACUCCACACAACAGGAGGUAGCAGUGCGACCUAAGGAGACCAUUCUGACCAAGAGGAAGGGACUGUCAGUGAGUGGAGGUGGAGGGAUGCUUGUUCGACUGGGAGGGAGUGUCUCACUAUCCCUGGAAGAUGGAGGAGGAAAGUGCAUGUACAAAGGCCCGGGUUCCUCCUCUGGAGGAAAGUUGAAACUGACUCAGGGAGGUGGGAAGGGGGCAACAGGAGGAGGACCUGGCGGUGGUGGAGGAUUAGGAAGUAGUAAGCAUACAAGUGCCAAACGCAGAACUAGUAGUGAAGAUAGCUCCUUGGAGCCAGACUUGGCUGAGCUCAGUCUGGAUGACGGCUGCAAUCUGGCUUUGGGGGCUGAGGCUAGUAACACUUUCGAGUUUCUCCCACCACCACCAGAGAUGUUGCCCUCUCCAAGUCCACUGCUCCGAGAUUCACGGAAGUGCAACAGUGGAGGGAGCAAGAUUUUUGAAACAAAGCAUAGCAGCCGUGACUCUGCAGCAAUUGCUGCUGCAGAGCCUGCUCCACCUUGUUUCCCUUUGAAAGAGAAUGGAGUGAUAGUUGUGGGCAUGCCCAGCACAGCAGAAAAGGAAGCCGAGGUGGAGCCAGCACUUAACAUAGAUGAAGAUGUAGAUUCAGCUGGUAGUAACCAGCCUUUAGUUUCAGCAGUUACAGUGAGAUCAGGCACCCCUCAAACAUCUGCUAAGCCAGUGCUAGGCUGCAAAGAGUUGGUGUCUGCUGCAGCAGUAGCAGGAAGUGGAGCAGUAGUGGUAGGUGGAGCAGCUCGUGAAGGAGCUGAAGCUGUACGUGCAGCUGCUGAAGGAGAAGCUGUGGGUGAAGAUGACUACCAGGCAUACUAUCUGAGUGCUGCUUCAGAAGAGGGUGUAGACAGACAGCUAGCUGACAACCAUCAGGAGGAGGAGCCAGACAUCUUUGCAGGGAUCAAACCACUGGAGCAGGAGGGACGCAUGGAGGUAAGUGCAAAGACCCAGUUUUAACCAUAGAAACCCAACAACAAAAGAAAAGCAGUUCACUUGGAAAGUAAGAGCAUGAAAUAAACAUUAGAUACAAGGAUGUGCAAAAUUACAUCAUUGUCUACCAGUACAGUAAAAGUUACGCUUUGUAGACUUUCUUAAAUUAACGAAAUAUCUAAACUUCAGAGGUUAGAAAUU